CUGGGAACGGAGCGCCGACAGCGGGGCGUUGGGAGCAGCGGUGGCUCCGGGGCCCGGGCGGGAGCGGGGGCCAAACGUACCGCUCCCCGUGGGCGAGGCGGCGCUCCCCGGGACGGGCCGCGCCGCGGGCCUUGCGGGCGUACAGGCUCGAGGAGGAAGGGGGUUAGUGCAGUUGCGGUCAGCCAGGAUGGGGAGAUGCCUGAAGGAGCGGAGGGGAGUCUGAUCGCCGCCCGUGCCCUCGCCGUGCGCUGGAGCCAGCAGGGGAAGAUGUGCGUGUGUGCCCCGGUGCGAAGGCGGCGUGUCUGACCGCGGGACAGAGCCAUGCGCUGAACUGGGAGAUCCUGACAAAAUGGGAGUACUUGCAUUCUCUGCGACUUGCAGUUUGCUUCUAACUCUGGUGCGAGGGCACAGUUUGUUCACCUGUGAGCCGAUUACUAUUUCCAGAUGUUCAGGAAUGCCUUACAAUAUGACUUUUUUCCCAAACAUAAUGGGACACUAUGACCAGGACACGGCUGCUCUCCAAAUGGAGCCUUUUCUUCCGCUUAUGAACCUCCACUGUUCCCCAGACGUCCACACAUUUCUGUGCAAAGCCUUUGUCCCUGCCUGCCUGGAGCAAGUCCAUGUGAUUCACCCCUGUCGGAGCCUCUGUGAGAGGGUGCAUUCCGACUGUAAGAAGCUGAUGGACACUUUUGCAAUCGCAUGGCCUGAAGAGCUGGAAUGUAGCAGACUAGUCAAUUGUGAUGAGACUGUUCCUGCCACUGCUGCUGUAACCACAGACUUACGUGGAACUCAGAAGACCCCAGGCCAGGCCCGAAGGGAUUAUGGGUUCUGGUGCCCACGGCACUUGCACACCACCAAUGGACAAGGCUACAAGUUCCUGGGGAUUGACCAGUGCGCGCCCCCGUGUCCUAAUAUGUACUUCAAAAAUUACGAAUUGGAUGUUGCAAAAAGCUUCAUCGGAAUAGUGUCAAUCUUUUGUCUUUGUGCUACGCUUUUCACAUUCCUGACUUUUCUGAUUGAUGUUAAAAGAUUUAGGUACCCGGAGAGGCCCAUCAUAUAUUACUCCGUCUGUUACAGCAUAGUCUCCCUGGUGUACUUUAUUGGGUUUUUACUUGGGAACAGAACUGCCUGUAACAAGGCAGAUGAUAAGUUAGAAAUCGGUGAAACAGUUGUUCUUGGCUCCCAAAACAAAGCCUGUACUUUCCUUUUCAUGGUUUUGUAUUUUUUCACGAUGGCAGGAACUAUAUGGUGGGUGAUUCUUACGAUCACUUGGUUCCUCGCAGCGGGAAGGAAAUGGAGCUGUGAAGCUAUUGCACAGAAGGCCAUGUGGUUCCAUGCAGUCGCGUGGGGAAUACCUGGUUUUCUAACCAUCAUGCUCCUUGCGAUGAACAAAGUGGAAGGGGACAAUAUCAGCGGAGUUUGUUUUGUGGGUCUCUAUGAUCUGGAUGCCUCUCUGUACUUUGUGCUUUUGCCUCUGUGCCUUUGUGUGUUUUUCGGUCUCUCUCUUCUUUUAGCUGGUAUUAUUUCUUUAAAUCAUGUGCGGCAAGUCAUACAGCACGAUGGCAGAAACCAGGAGAAACUAAAGAAAUUUAUGAUCCGCAUUGGAGUUUUUAGUGGGUUAUACCUGGUGCCACUUGUAGCACUUCUUGGAUGUUACGUCUAUGAACUGGUGAACCGGAAAAUCUGGGAAACGACUUGGGUGUUUGACCACUGUGACCAGUACCACAUUCCGUGUCCUUACCAGGCAAAGGCACUGGCAAGACCAGAAAUAUUUUUGUUUCUGAUGAAAUACUUGCUGACAUUAAUUGUUGGCAUAUCUCCAGUCUUCUGGGUGGGAAGUAAAAAGACCUGUUCUGAAUGGGCCAAUUUCUUCAACAGAAAUCGCAAAAGAGAUCCAAUCAGUGAGAGUCGAAGAGUGCUGCAAGAAUCCUGCGAAUUUUUCUUGAGGCACAAUUCCAAAGUUAAACAUAAAAAGAAGCACUACAAAUCCACCUCACACAGGUUGAAAGUCAUUUCGAAGUCAAUGGGGACGAGUACGGGUGGCACCACAAAUCAUGGAACCUCUGCGGUAGCAAUCACUAAUCACGAUUACUUAAGCCAAGAAACUGUUGCAGAAAUUAAAACCUCUCCAGAGACAUCUGAGAAAGAGAUAGAGGCAGAUGGAACAUCAGCCCGAAGGGUCGAGGAGGGUGAAAACAGUGGAGAUCAAAUGUUAUCUAGUUCUAAACUGACCGUGGAGCAGGUGGAAAAAAGAAACAAAGCCGAUAGCACGUGUGAUAUGAGUAGCUUGACUGAGAGCAUGAAGAGAGCAGGUGAAGGAAGAAUAACUCCUAAAAACGAUUUUAUUGAUUCUCCUGCAUUACAAAGGAGCUGUUCCCAAAUACCUGAUGUCUCACAGUCACCUUCUGUGUCACUACUUGUCUACUCGGCUUCAGACACUAGAAGAGAGUUGGAUUCAGGAAACAGUUCAAACCCUUGAAAGACUGAGUUUUUAUAUGAACAUUUUCAAUGUAUAAGACAAAUACGGAUUCUGUGUUACACUGGAAAUAACAGAUAUUUUGUGCCUUAUUAAAAAACACACUUAUCUUGCUUUGCACUUAAAAAAUGUAAGUUUUGCUGUGGGGACAGUUAGCAAUACUGUAAUAUAUCUAAUCCUAUCCAGGAAUAAUGGAAAUUGAAGUUCUGUAGGACACAGCUGGAUUGACUAGCAAUAAUUUAAGAAAAGGAUGAGAGAAAUAAAUAUUAUUCCAAAUAGAAAGAACACUUUGCAAUGAAUAGCAUUAAAAUAAUGCUUAGAAAGCACUGUUACUUUUCAAGGCAUAAAAGUUCCAUCUGCGUCUUUGAUAUUUUUCAAAACUUGUUAAUCUUUUUCCUCUUUUUUGCUGUGUCUUAAACAGCAGUAUCACUUAGAUACACAAAUUUAUAAAUAUUCUCUAAAUAAUGUCAUGAUGUAUCAAUUACAGCACUGUUUUAUGGUAGCUUGUACACUGAAUAUGAAAGGGAAACUGGAAUUAGUGAUUUAUUUUGUACAUAAAAACAAAUUUUGUAAAUAACUGACUGCAUAAGGUCGAUAUUUAGAACUACUGUUUUGUAUGUAUUGUACAAACUUGGUGAAGUUCACAUGCUUCCUGUAGGCUGUGGUGGGCAGAGAAGGUGACUUUGUUCUGGGGCAGAGGGACUGUACCUGUACAGGUGAGGUGACUGUACCUGUACAGGUGAGGUGACUGUACCUGUACAGGUGAGGUGUGCCACACGCUGUGCGUCGGGGCCGGGCAGGGCAGAACCCCGGGCAUCCCAUGACGGGGACCGUGCGUUCGAUGCAGCAGCGCUGCAGGAACAUCCUUCUCGAAGCCCCUCCUGCUGUGGUGUUCAGAGCAUCGUGCCAAAGAAGAAAUCACUGCACAACAUCCCUCCUGGCAUGGGGGACAGACUCUGAAGUGUGUACACUUUGGGGUGUUUUUUUUUACAGGGCUGCAGUGAAAGUGUAUGUUUCACUUUAUUUCUAUGCAAGUAACAUUAAUUUUUAAAAAUUCUGUAGAGAUAUCUUGCAGAAAAUAAACUUUUGAGUUAUUAAUAUACAGGUUUGUUUAACAUUAUAUUUACUUAAAAGAGGGCCUUAACAUUUUUUCUACAAAGCUAAAUUUUCUAUAUGCCACAGCAAUAUAUUUUCUUUAAAUCAAAAAGGCCUUAAUACAUGUAGCCUUUCUUAUGAUGGGGUGGUCCCCAAGAGCGAGUACUACUGACAUGAAUAAGAAUUUCAUCGUUUUGCUCUUAAGAAAUCCUGGCUCCAAUUAAGUCAAUGUGAUUUAUUACCUGAGAUAAUUUGGAGACAGGAUUUUGCUGUUUUCUAAACCUAAAUGUCAAUGCGUUUUGUGAGACUGUUCAGCAUCUUGUGUGUGAUUACUAAUAAGAGUAUUUCUCAGUACUUUGAUAGUAUUGUCUUCCAAUUUGGGCAGCAUUCAAGGUGAUGCUUUGAACAGUCAAUCAAAAUUGCAUUGUACAAGGGUCAUGUAAAUGCUGGAACAACAGGAACUACAGUUCUGAUAAACCAAAGUUGUUAGUUUUAUCCAUCAUGUAUUAAAACUGGAAUGUAUUUACCUUUAUUACACCGUCUGCAUUUUAGCAUUUGUAGCUUAUUGCCUUAAAUAGGACAUGCCACUUCUAUUAUCAUCUCCCCAUGGAAAAAAUAGAGAAUUCUUGCUGCUGAGAAAGGUUUGAAAAAUCUCCUGUGAAAACUGCACACCAAGAACCCUUCAUUCUUGUAGUCACAUUUGUAAACGGGUAACUUUAUACACAUGUUCUGUAGUUUUGUUAUUACUGUCUUUGUUAGUAAUAAAAUAUACUGUUGUAUAGUAA